AUGUCAUAUACGGAGUUUCAACGACUGGAGACGACCAAAUUUUCGAUUAGGUCACCGCGAGCACGUAUUGCGAAACGCGUCCAGCAGGAGUUAAUCCGGGCCAGUGAAAGGAGACGCCGCCCCAGGAAGAAGGUGAUCAACCGGUAUCUGCUAGGGAUGGCGAAGAAGCAAGAGGAGCAGCCAUCGACUGGGCACAGGAGACAGCCAAGGGAAGCGAUGGUGAUGGUGGAAGAGGCCCACAAGUAUCUCCCGCAGUGCGACGAACUGAUGCAGAAUGCCGCGGACUUGUACAUUGCGAGUGAACUGCAAAAGAGAAACCUCCCAGCGAUGAAUUUACGGAUCAUAAGAGAGUAUGACCGAACCAUUCAAACUAUCGCUCAACAGUUCAUCGAGCAACCCACUUCCGUUCAAAAGCAAUACCUUCGAGCUGCCGUGCUGUCGCAGUCCAAGCAAACCGCAAUGGUCCCGUGCUCCGAUCCAUUCCUGGUGCUGUUGGAUCUACACUGGAAGCAAACAAAGGCAAUCAAUCGUCGCCGGUUUGAAAUCAGCUCUCGACGAGGGGAGAACAUCGACAUAGGGCCCUUUGCUGUCAACAUCGAACGAGCAGAAUCCGGUGAAGAAUCUGACCCCACUCGCCUUCGUUUGAUAACGUUGAGAAACUGCACCAAAGAAGCUCGCAUCAUGUGGAAACGUAUGAGUGGUGCUCAGAAGCUUCCGUUCUUCGUGCAGGCCUAUUUUGCAACGCACCUUCCCGCGAGCUUGGACCGAGCGUUAUAAUUAUGAUCAUCUUCAUUAGCUUGGGGUUGCAUAAACGCAUGGUCCAAUGGCACACAUUUCGACUGACUGACUGACUGACAAGCUCGCGGAGCAUCAGAAGUCGAGGCUAUUAUGGCGUGGUAACAUCAAAG